AUGUCUACAGACGAUUACCAAUUCUCCAAAACAAAUGAUGAAAGAAGAGCCUCUCUAAUCUACUCUACAUCUGUGGGUAAAACAGGGUUAUUUACUCCAGCUGAUUAUUUAUCACCAAAAUCGUUUAAUCAUAUGCUUGAUGCCUUUGAAGAACAAUUCCCUGAAAGCUCAUCACCUGAUGCGGGGGGAGAAGGAGAAGAUGGUGCUGAUAGCGAUUUAGAGUUUACUUCUCAAAUAUCAGAAGGUAUUAAUAUAUCUACUUCGAGGAAUAAUACUAACCUCCAACAACCCUUACUUAACCAGAAUAGAGAAGGAUAUGGCUCAUUAGCAGACAAUAUAAGCAUAAAUACUACUAAUAGAUUUAGAAGAAAAAGACAUGACUCUUUGAUUCAAGAAGAAAGAGACUUAUUAAUUGAUAAUAAUCUAUUACUUCCAAAGAUAAGUCCACAUUCAUCAUUAAUUGCUAAUAAUUUACAUGAAUUAUCGAUUCAUAAUAAUUCUAUUAGUCAAAACGUCGAUCAAAUUUAUCAUGAAGAUAAUGAUGAUGAUGGUGGUAUUUUAAACGAUACAGAUGAUGUGAUUAGUGUUUGGAGAUCCGCAAUUGAUGAUGGUAAAGAAAUAAAUACCACAUAUAAGAGAGAAUUCCAAGUGAUUCUUUAUAAUGCAUUCCCAUUGUAUUUUUACUUUUUCCUACAAUACUCAUUAUCAGUAGCAUCCAUCUUUUCAGUUUCACAUCUAGGAACAAAAGAAUUAGGUGCAGUGACAUUAGGUUCAAUGACUGCAAAUAUCACAGGGAUAGCCAUAAUUCAAGGUCUUUGUACUUGCCUUGAUACUUUAUGUGCUCAAGCUUAUGGUGCAAAAAAUUAUAAAUUAGUCGGUAUUUUUUUCCAAAGGUGUGCUGCUAUUACAAUAAUUUUCUUUAUUCCAAUAAUGUAUUGUUGGUGGAGUUGGUCUGAAUUAGUAUUAUCUUAUAUGAUUCCUGAACAAGAUCUUUGUGUGCUAGCUGCACGUUAUUUAAGAAUUUCAGCACUUGGUAUCCCAGGGUUUAUAUUGUUCGAGUGUGGUAAAAGAUUUUUACAAUGUCAAGGGAUUUUCCAUGCAUCCACAAUAGUAUUAUUCAUUUGUGCUCCUACUAAUGCCGUAUUAAACUAUUUGUUGGUUUGGGAUAAACAUAUUGGUAUUGGCUAUUUAGGGGCUCCUUUAGCCGUAUCUAUCUCUUAUUGGCUAAUGGCUAUUGGUUUACUAUUUUAUACACUUACUACUAAUAAUGAAAAGAAUCCUUUAAAAUGCUACCCGGGCUUAAUCCAUUAUUCUCAAAUAUUUAAGAAUUGGAAGCACAUGUUUGCACUAGCAAUCCCGGGUAUUGUUAUGGUCGAAGCAGAAUUUUUGGGAUUCGAAAUUCUAACAAUAUUUGCUGCUCAUUUGGGUGAAACACAAUUAGCUUCUCAGGCAAUUGUUUCAACUGUUGCUGCAUUAGCAUAUCAAAUCCCAUUUUCUAUUUCCAUUGCAACCAGUACAAGAGUGGCAAAUUUCAUUGGUGCAUCGUUGUAUAAACCAUGCAUUACUACUUGUAAGACUUCAUUAUUAUUGUCAUUUAUUUGUUCCACAACAAAUAUGCUAGUUAUAACAACAAGCAGAUUCCAAUUUGCAAGACUAUUCUCAAAUGAAGAAAAAGUUGUCGAGCUAGUUGCCAAUACUUUACCAUUAUUAGCAUUCAUGCAAUUAUUCGAUGCAUUUAAUGCAACAACUGCCGGCUGUUUGAGAGGCCAAGGCCGACAGAAAAUCGGUGGUUACAUUAAUGUUUUUGCAUUCUAUUUUGUUGGCAUACCAAUAUCUUAUUUAUUAGCAUUCCACUUCAACUUUGACCUACAAGGUUUAUGGAUUGGUAUCAUUUGUGCUUUAAUGAUUAUGAGUUUAUUUCAAGGCAUCGCAGUUUUUAAUGUGGAUUGGAUUAAAUUAAUUAACAUUGCAAGAGAUAGAAAUUCAGAAAUUGAUUCACUUUAA